GAGGCGAAAGCCACCAGUCACCUCUGAUGCGUGCCUCCGAGCGGUGCGAUCGGUGCGCAUUUCCCACUUUCCUCCUGUUUCCUACGUUUAUUUUUUGUUUUGUUUGGUGCCUGUGAGUUGAGUGGAAAAGCGGAAAAGUGCCGGGAAAAUGCACGUGGAGGAGCUGAGGUCUAGUCUGCAGAGCUUCGGCUGGCUGGACUACGUCGUCUUCUGCCUGAUGCUGGCCAUUUGCGCCGUGAUUGGGAUAUACUUCUGCCUCCAGUUGCGGAGGGAGUCCAGGAAGCAGAAGGUCCAUGGCUCCGAGGAGGCGGCGUGCAGCGCGGCCUCCUACCUGGUGGGCGGCAGGCAGAUGAAGAUCUUCCCCAUCACCAUGUCGCUGAUAUCCAGUUUUAUAUCUGGCAUUACGCUUCUGGGCACUCCCACGGAGGUCUACCUUUAUGGUGCUCAGUACAUGUACAUCAUGGGAUCUUUGGUGCUCAUGGGCUUUUGCAUGUACUACUUCUUCCUGCCAGUCUUCCAUGAACUCAACUUGAUAUCCACAUAUAAGUACUUGGAGCAGCGGUAUAACAGAAGCUUGAGGCUCUUUGGUUCUGUCAUGUUUAUAGUGGCUUCGCUCCUUUGGCUACCCAUUGUGAUCUACGUGCCGGCCAUAGCCUUCAACCAGGCCACCGGAGUGAAUAUCCACAUAGUAACCCCGAUUGUGUGCGUGGUCUGCAUCUUCUACACCUGCAUCGGGGGCCUGAAGGCGGUGGUUUGGACGGAUGUCAUCCAAACUCUGAUCAUGUUCGGGGCCAUGGCCCUGGUUUUGGUCAAGGGAACCCUGGACAUCGGCGGACCCGGCGUUGUGUGGCAAAGGGCCCAGGAGACGGCGCGCCUGGAGAGGCCCAACUUCAGCGGGGAUCUGAGUGAGCGGUACACGUUCUACUCCCUGGUUUUGGGCGGUGUAGCCCACUGGCUCAAGUCGAAUGCGAUCAGCCAGAAUAUGAUACAGCGGUAUCUGUCGCUGCCAACGCUCCGCGAUGCCCGGAUUGCCAUCUGGACCUUCAUAGCCGGCGUGCUGGCCUUCCUCAUGAUCUGCGGCUACACGGGCCUGCUGAUCUACGCCACGUAUGCGCAGUGCGAUCCGCUGGAGACCAAGUUGGCCCAGAGGAAUGAUCAGCUGUUGCCGCUCCUGGUGAUGGAAACCCUGGGCGCCUAUCCGGGACUACCUGGUGUCUUCGUGGCCGGAGUUUUCAGUGCGGCUCUGUCUUCUCUGUCGACGGGACUGAACUCCCUGUCCGCCGUCGUCCUGGAGGACUUCGUGAAGACCUUCAGGAAGAGUCCCCUGAGCGAGGGACAAACCGCUUUUGUGAUGCGCAGUGUGGUCGUCGUCUUUGGCAUUAUUUUUGUGGCUCUAGUUUUUGCCGUUGAGAAAUUGGGCGCCGUUUUGCAGCUGACCAUCACGCUUUCGUCGGUGGCCAAUGGACCACUUUUGGGCAUCUUCACCGCCGGCGUCAUGUUGCCAUGGGUUAACUCCAAGGGAGCCCUGCUCGGAGGCUUCAGCUCGUUGCUGGUGAUGGCCUGGAUGUGCGUGAGUGCCCAGCGGGAUCUGGUCACCGGGGAUCUCGUCUAUAAGAGGAAGCCGUACUCCACGAUGGGCUGCAACUACACGUUUGCCGGGGAGCCAAGGGAGUUCGCCAGUCUGCGGCUGGAUGGUGACUUCAGCUCCAGCCCGAGUGCCCCCUUCCAGCUGUACCGCAUCUCGUAUCUCUACUUCACCCUCUUCGGCGCCCUGGUGACCAUUGUGGUGGCCCUGGUCACCAGUCUCCUGCUCCGCGAAUCGGAUUUGGAUGGCGUGGACACGCGUCUGCUCACACCGUUCGUGAGGCGCUGGCUGGAGCGACGUCGUCAUCGCCGAUCGGAGAUUCCAGAUCUCGGCCAGAAGCCGGGCAGCAAACAGGAGACGAAGACGUGAAGGGGAUGAGGCGGCGGCUCGGGCAGAUGGAGACGGAGAGGGCUGACCGGCAUCAUCCUGGCAAUGUUCCUUUCGGUAGCUUAGCAAAUAUUUAAAAUAAAACACAAUUCAUAAUUAUUUGGGCGCCCGUUUG